UUGCCUGAUUAUUGGCUCAAGGAUCAAAAGGAUUUGUUGGGCAUGAUUUUGGAUAGGAGUAGAAGCUUGGGGAUGAAGCCUGUGUUGCCCUGUUUUCCUGGAUUUGUUCCUCAAGAGGUCCUAAAAAAGAAUCCUGGCUCUACAGCGAGACAGUUGACUACAUGGAACAAUUUCAACUGCCCCAAUUAUUCCUGGUGUGCUAGUCUGUAUUUGUUAGACCCUGGAAGUGUCCUGUAUUCUGAAAUCAGUCAAGCAUUUGUGAAACAACUGAUAGCUGAUUUUGGAACUGACCACUUGUACAGUUGUGAUCUUUUCAAUGAAAAUGGGAUUCCUGGAGGUGUGGACCCUGUUGAAUACUUGAACACCGUUGGGAAAGGUGUUUACAACUCCUUGGCUGCUGUGGAUCCUGAUGCAAUUUGGGUUAUGCAAGGCUGGAUGUUGGAGAAUUCUGGGCAGUGGACCCCAGCAUUGGCUGAGGCUCUUCUAACCUCUGUUCCCAUAGGAUCAAUGCUUGUGUUGGAUUUGUACGCGGAAAUGUUCCCUCAGUACCCGAAAUUCAAGUCAUUUUAUGGCCAGCCUUUCGUUUUCUGUCUCUUGAACAACUUUGGAGGCCGGAAAGGGAUGUUUGGAGACAUUGAAGACGUUGUUCAAGGUCCGAGAAAAGCUUUGAAUUUCGAAAAUUCGUCUUUGGCUGGAAUUGGCAUCGCCCCCGAGGGGAUUCAUUCGAAUUAUGUGCUUUAUGACGUCUUUCUGGAGUUGCCUUUGUACCUCAGCAAGGACCAGAACCAUGAUGUGGAUGUGGAAGCAUGGACCCAUGAAUAUGGGAUGAGGCGCUAUGGAUUAUCCAUGGGAUCUGACAUUCAUGACUGGCACUCUGUCACU